GCUGGAGGUAGCUGUUGGCUUAGUGCAGAGGGAAAGGGAUUGUUUGUAGCCUGCAGAAAUAAUGCUCGUAGGGUUUCUUUUUCUCCUUCUUUUUGAUAAUGCAUAUUUAAUUCCCACAGAGCAGAAUACCAACAAAGUAGGAAAUGUUCCUGUUUCACCGAAACUUUAGCAACUUACAUUUAAUUAUUUUAGCUAAACUCUAAUUCUAUGCAGAAACCCAAUCUAAAAAGAAAUCCCUGGCUAUAACUGCAGGAGAUCACUAGAUGGCCCUGCCUUACUGACAGGAUUAGAAAAACAAAUCAGAGGUGAAACUGCAAAGGGAAGAGGCACAAAGCUGGAGUCUUACUUUCUUGGUCACUAAUAGGUACACAAAGUUGUUGAGGUUUCUUACUGGUGAAACUGCAUUCCUGCAAAAGAAGGGCAAAUGGCGCUGGAGGAACCUACGUCAUUUGAAGAUGUUGCAGUCUUCUUUUCUGAGGAAGAGUGGGGCAUCAUGAAGGAGUCCGAGAAAGAACUAUACAGGGGAGUAAUGAAGGCAAAUUAUGAAACAAUGACUUCUCUAGGGUUUCAGGUUCCAGAACACUACCUGAAGUUAUUUGAGAAGAAGGGAGAAGUAGAACCACCUCUUUGUGAUACAGUAGUUAUUGAAAAAACUCUAGAAGAAUUGGAGCAGCCAUCCGAUGAAAAUAAUGACAUCAGGUAUAAAUGGCUUACUAGUGAAGAGGAGUCGUUUAUCUAUAUGGUAGCUGGGAAAGGAUUUCUCUUUCCUGAAGCAUUAAGAGCAUAUCAGUGGAUUCAUUCUCAAGAAAAAAGUAAUGACCUGGUAGAAACUGAAGACAGCUAUUCUCAUCUUGAGCUACUGACAGCAUAUCAACAGAGUUAUACAAAUGGAGCAUUUUAUAACUAUUUUGAUUAUGAUAGUAGCUUUACAGACUCAUUUCAUCUUUUGGACUAUACCCAGCUCCACAUUGAAGAGAAACCUUAUAAGUGUAACACCUGUAGGAGGUGCUUUUUCAGUUUAACCCACCUUCGAGCCCACCAGAGAUUUCAUAAUGUUAUAAAACCAUACAAGUGCUCUGAAUGUGAGAAGAGUUUUAAUUAUAUAUCCCAGCUAAAACGUCAUCAGCUGAUACAUACUGGAGAGAAGCCUUUCAGAUGCACAGAGUGUGGGAUGUGUUUUAAUCAGCAAGCUAUUUUGCAGAAGCAUUGGCAAAGACAUACUGGAGAAAAGCCAUACAAAUGUACAGAAUGUGGAAAGUGUUUCAGAGCCCUCAAUGGUUUUACAGCUCAUCAAAGAAUUCACAGUGGAGAGAAACCUUAUCAGUGUUUAAACUGUGGAAAAUGUUUUGCUCAUUCAUCAAAUCUUAUAAGACACCAUAGAAUACACACUGGUAUAAAACCAUACAAGUGCACAGUAUGUGAGAAAAGCUUUGCGGAGAAGUCCCGUCUAAUACGUCAUCAGUGGGUUCAUAUUAGAGGAAGACCUUAUAAAUGUACAGAAUGUGGUAAGUGUUUUAUUAGGUCAACCCAUCUCCAGACACACAUGCAAAUUCAUACUGGAGAGAGACCUUAUAAAUGUGCAGGAUGUGCAAAGAGUUUUAAUUAUGUAUCACAACUGAGACGUCACCAGCGUAUUCACACUGGAGAGAGACCGUAUAAAUGUACAGAAUGUGAGAUGUGUUUUAAUCAAUUAUCUAUUCUCCAAAAGCACAAACAAAGGCACAUUAUUGGAAAACCUUAUAAAUGUGCAGACUGUGGAAAGGGCUUUAGAACUGCAAAUAGCUUUGCAGUUCAUCAAAGAAUCCAUAGUGGAGAGAUGCCAUACAAGUGUGCAGAAUGUGGUAAAAAUUUCAGUGCCCAGUACAGUUUAAUAGCGCAUCAACGAAGCCACACAGGGGAAAGACCAUAUAAAUGUUUAGAAUGUGGGAAGUGUUUUGCUCACUCUUCCAAUCUCAUAAGGCACCAGCAUAUACACAGAGGAAUAAAACCGUAUCAGUGUACGGAAUGUGAAAAGAGCUUCGCUGAAAAGUCCCAGCUCAGACUUCACCAGCGAAUUCAUAUUGGAGACAGACCUUAUAAAUGUACAGACUGUGGAAAGUGUUUUCUUAGGUCCACCCAUUUGCAAACACAUCAGAGAAUCCAUACCGGUGAAAAGCCAUAUAAAUGUAGUGAAUGUGGAAAAGGCUUUAACUAUGUAUCCCAACUCAUUCGCCAUCAGCGGAUUCACACAGGGGAGAAACCAUACAAAUGUUCAGAAUGUGAGAAAUGCUUUAAUCAGUUAUCCAUUCUUCAGAAGCAUCAACAGAGACACACUGGAGAGAAACCUUACACUUGUACUGAAUGUGGGAAGGGGUUUAGAUCAUCCAACACUUUGACUGCUCAUCACCGAAUCCAUACUGGUGAAAUGCCCUACAGUUGUACUGAAUGUGGGAAGAGUUUUAGAUCCCAAAGUAGUUUAAUAUCGCAUCAACGGAUUCACACUGGUGAAACACCAUAUAAAUGUGCGGAUUGUGGAAAGUGCUUUGCACACUCAUCAAAUCUUAUAAGGCAUCGACAUAUACAUACUGGAAUAAAACCAUAUCAUUGUACAAAAUGUGACAAGAGCUUUGCUGAGAAGUCCAGACUUUUGUGUCAUCAACGGAUUCAUAUUAGAGAGAGACCUCACAAGUGCUCAGAUUGUGGAAAGGGUUUUAUUAGUUUAACACACCUGCAGACACAUCAAAGAAUUCACACAGGACUGAAACCUUAUAAUUGUACUGAAUGUGACAAGAGCUUUAAUUAUAUAUCUCAACUUAUACGCCAUAGGAGAAUUCAUACAGGAGAAAGACCGUAUAAAUGUACUGAAUGUGACAGAUGCUUUAAUCAGUUAUCUAUUCUUCAAAAACACAAGCAGAGGCACACUGGGGAAAAACCAUAUAGGUGUGAAGAAUGUGGAAAAGGAUUUAGAGCUGCAACUAGCUUCAUUGCUCAUCAGCGUAUUCACAGUGGAGAGACACCAUAUAAAUGCACAGAAUGUGGAAAAAGUUUUCGUGCCCAGAACAGUUUAAUAGCACAUCAACGAAUCCAUUCUGGAGAGACACCAUAUAAAUGCAUGGAAUGUGGUAAGUGUUUUGCUCACUCAUCUAAUCUUAUAAGGCAUAAACAUAUACAUACUGGGAUAAAACCGUAUCAGUGUACAGAAUGUAAAAAGAGCUUUGCUGAAAAGUCCAGAUUGAGGCGCCAUCAAAUGAUUCAUAGUGGAGAACGACCAUACAAAUGUACAGAAUGUGGUAAGUGUUUUAUUAGGUCUACCCAUCUCCAAGCACAUCAGCAAAUUCAUACAGGAAUAAAACCGUACAAAUGUACAGACUGUGAAAAGAGCUUUAAUUAUAUAUCACAGCUGAGACGUCACCAGCGGAUACACACUGGAGAAAAACCAUACAAGUGUACAGAAUGUGAAAAGUCUUUUAACCAGCUGUCCAUUCUACAAAAACAUAAGCAAAGGCAUACAGGUGAAAAACCUUAUAUAUGUACAGAAUGUGGGAAGGGCUUUAGAGCCUCCACUAGUUUCAGAGCUCAUCAGCGAAUUCACAGUGGAGAAACACCAUUUAAGUGUUCAGAAUGUGGAAAGAAUUUUAUUUAUAGAUCACAGCUAAGGCGUCAUCAGCGGAUUCAUACUGGUGAAAAACCUUACAAAUGCACUGAAUGUGAUAUGUGUUUUAAUCAAAUAUCCAUUCUUCAGAAACACAGUCAAACACACACAGGAGAAAAACCUUAUAAAUGUAUGGAAUGUGGGAAAUGUUUUAGAGCUGCAACAAGUUUCAUAGCUCAUCAACGAAUCCACAGAGGAGAAACCCCUUAUAAAUGUAAAGAAUGUGGAAAGAAUUUUAAUUAUAUAUCUCAACUCAAACGUCAUGAGCGAAUUCACACCGGUGAGAAACCCUAUAAGUGCACUGAAUGUGAAAUGUGUUUUAACCAGUUAUCUAUUCUUCAAAAACAUCGUCAAACACACACAGGGGAAAAACCUUAUACAUGUACAGAAUGUAGGAAGAGUUUUAGAGCUGCAACUAGUUUAAUGGCCCAUCAGCUAAUUCAUAGUGGAGAGGCACUUUAUAAAUGUACUGAAUGUGGGAAGUGUUUUUCUCGCCCAUCAAAUUUGAUAAGGCAUCAGAGAAUUCAUACUGGCAUAAAACCUUAUAAAUGUACAGAAUGUGAGAAAUGCUUUACUGAAAAGUCUCAGCUGAGGCGCCACCAGAGAAUUCAUACAGGGGAGAGACCUUAUAAGUGCACAGACUGUGGAAAGUGUUUUGUUCAGUCAUUCAGUCUCAUAACUCACCAGCGCAGACACAAACCUAAAAGUAUUUAACUAUGUUAUAGUUGAAAUAGUUCUCCCACCAGAGAGAGAGAGAAAGCUGACUGGUGUGAGGUACUGUCUCUAUGUGUACAGUGUAUGCUUUUUUUAGUUAUUAAAUCUCAUAGGAGUUGUAUAGAAAAAAUAGCAUUGACAUAUGAGAUGCCACCAAUAGUUCUACUUGAAGGGACUGCUAAUGAUUAGAAUGUGUUAAGUAAUUUAUGCAUUCAUCCAGUUUUCUUAACAAAUAGUUUACUGGACAUAUCAUUAUAAGUCUUUUUAAGCCUGAGAAUAUUUUUCACAAAUUUUAUGCAGUAUAAAGUCAGUAGAAUCACAUGGAUUGAGCUUAUAUAAAUGUACAGAACGUUCAAGGAUUUUAAGUGUUGCAUUUUGGGUUUGAACCAUUUCAAGCAUGGGAGAGUUGAUAUAAAUGUACAGAACACUGUAUGUGGUUUGUUUGUUUUUCCUGGCUUGUGUCUUGUAAAAGAAGACAAAGUGUUGACAUAGUUCAUAGAAAUAAAAAGUGCAGGAGGCAUUUUUAUGAAACAUUUCACCUUCCCCCUUCCCAGUCCUUACUUCAUAUUUAAUGUAGAUCUCACACGUCACCAGAAGGGAGGUUUUAUGACUUUGCCAAACGUCAGAGGUUGAAUGUAAAAGAGUGCAAGGUACAAAAAGUGAGCCUGGCAUAACUGAAUGGUAAGGAAACAACUUGGAUGCUCAGUGGAAGUAACUCUGAAAACAUGCAAUAAAUUACAGUCUGUAAACUGUG